AUGGUGUCUUGUAGUGUUUUAAUUAACCGAAUACGGAAGAGUCUUGUAUUGGAUUGGGUCGAUUUCGCUUCUCAUACGAGUUCACAUGGAAUUCCUCGAGCUUAUGAAUCUGAAGGCAUACGGAGGAAGCUGUGGCUGCUCUUAUUCUUUUCAUGUUUAACCUGUUUCUGCUUUCAAGCAUAUUGGAUAAUAGAGAAAUUUAAUAAAAAUGAUAUUAUUGUUGGAGUUGAAAUCAAAUUUGAACAAAUAAAGUUUCCAGCUGUUACAGUAUGUAACAUAAAUCCCUAUAAAAACUCAUUAGCUCGGCAGUCAAGUGCUAUCAAAUCAGCUCUUGAAUCCUUUGAGUUGGCUAUCGAUAGGAGUAGCCAUCGCGUGCCUGAUGAAGAUAUUUCAGUCAGAACACGGCGAUGGACGAAUGAGAAUUUAGUCAUUGAGCCCAGCUAUGUUUAUUGUACAUCUGAUGAAAAUGGUUAUUACAGUCCAUCUAGUGAUGAUCAAUCAAUGAAAUGCAUAUGCCUUCAUUACACUAACGAAAACCUCUAUUGGAAUUGUGAACCAUCAAAUGACUUCUCACUUAAAAAAUGCUCAAACUGUCGAUUUGGAUUAUGUGAAAAAUCGAACAUUGGAAGUGCUCCUUGUCUCUGUGCUCAAAACUUUUGUGUUCAAACAAUUGAUUUUCAGAAGGUAUAUGCAAGAUGGCCUUUAACCAUAAAGGAACAAAAAUGUCCAUCCCUUUUUUCAAAUUCUACAUCUAACGAGUUCUGCUACUGUGUAGUACCAGAAAACUCAAACACCAACUCAUAUUGUGCUCGUAGAGAUGACUGGGCUAUUGCUGGAUGUCAUACAUGUGACUGGUGGGGAAGAUGUCAACGCUCAUAUUCUUUACAUCCACAAGAUCAUUGCAUAUGUGACGAUGAACUGAACUGUUUCGCUAUACAAAUGACGUCAUCCAAUUAUAGACCCCGACGAGAACUUGCGGAAGAAGAAAAAACAAAAUCGAUUGUGGUCAGACAAUCGAACAAACAACGAAUAUAUGAACGAAUUUUAAGCCAUUACGAAGGAUUAUUGGCCGUUUACAGUCGUUGCUCGUGUACGAAAAGUUCAGGAUGUAAUGCUUUGAAAGAAAAAGAUAGAGCAAGCAAUUCAUCAACUUGCCUCUGUUUCUAUAAUAAGAAAAACGAUCAAAUAUGGCCAUGCUAUCCAGAAGUUGAAUGGAAAGAACGUAAAUGCACAAAAUGUAGCACGUUCGGUGACUGUUCCUUCGCCGAUAAUCAGAAUACCGCCAAAGUUGAUUGUUUUUGUGCUAUGCCCAUACGGAUGUGUGUCCGAAUCGAAUCACCAGAAGGGAAUACGACAGAUUUAAGCGAUCGUAUAGUUAACUUCUGGGACAUUCAACCUUCAACAACCGUGUCUCCUGUUCAAAAGAAGAAGCAGGAUCGGGAGAAAGCGUAUGGAUAUGCUGGAGUAACCGAUCCUAUUGCUCUGAAAACCAAAGCUAUGGAGAACAUUAUUUUUGCCGUGGAUCAGUUACAAGAAUCAGAGAAAUGGGCAAUCAGUUACAAUAAAUCGGAUUUCAUAGUUAAAUGCUCUUUCAACGGUAAAGAGUGUCAUGUAGAUACUGAUUUCCAUGCUUACCUGGAUCCGACGUAUGGCGCAUGCUUCACUUAUACUGCGAGCAAGUUUGAUAACAACACCAAUGAAAGAGCCGGUCCUGCAUAUGGGUUGCGUUUAGAAGUCUUUCUGAAUGUAACAGAGUAUCUACCAACGACAGAAGCGGCUGGUGUUAGGCUCACUGUCCACUCCCAUGAAGAACAGCCCUUUCCGGAUACAUUAGGUUAUUCAGCUCCCACUGGUUUUGUUAGCAGCUUUGGAAUACGAUUAAAGUCAAUGACUAGGAAAUCAGCUCCUUAUGGCGAUUGCAUCGAGGAAGGAAAGGACGAAGAUUUCAUUUAUCUGGACAAACAAUAUAGUACAGAGGGAUGUCAACGUAGUUGUAUACAGAGACAUUUAGCCUUAUCUUGUGGCUGUGGAGAUCCUCGCUUUCCUCAAUAUAGGGUUACGAAGAACUGUCCUGUUGAUGACCCAGUUAAACGUAACUGUAUUAAGGAGCAAAUCAGUUACGCGAUGAGGAAUUCCAAAGAAAUUGGAUGUCGUUGUCGCCAACCAUGCAGACAAGAUGUUUAUAGUGUAUCUUAUUCAGCUUCUAGAUGGCCAGCUGUGCCUGGUGAUCAGACAGGUUGUCCCCAGGGUAUGGCUCCUCAGCAUUGCUUAAUGUAUAAAAGGGAACAAGGUGCAAUGAUUGAAGUUUUUUUCGAACAAUUAAAUUAUGAAUCUCUCAUGGAAAGUGAGGCCUACGGCUGGUCAAACUUAUUGUCUGAUUUCGGUGGUCAGCUAGGAUUAUGGAUGGGUGUUAGUGUCAUCACGAUAAUGGAAUUAGCGAUUCUAAUCUGCGACGCGGUUUUCACUGUUCUUCGAUGUGGAAGACGUCGUGAACGUAAAUUUUCAGGAAAAAGAUCCAUUUCUUCUCUACGAUACAGCAUUUCCAAGCCUUCUUUUUAA